AGGUAGGAAUGUUGAUUUACUAAAGCAAGUAUGGCUUCUGCUGCAAAGAUCCUUCAUCACACCAUGAUGACUGGCAAUUCAAGCCAUGGAGAAUUGGCACUGGAACCCCUAAUUAUGUGCAAGCUGUGUCUCUGUGAACACCCUCUUGAUAUGAUGACCACCCUUCGGGACUGCAGCUGCAUUUUCUGUACUGUGUGCCUCAGACAAUAUGUACAUUUGGCAGUCCGUGAAGGAUUCGGUUCUCCGAUCACGUGUCCAGACAUGGUGUGCCCAAAGAGGGGUCUCCUUCAGGAAGCAGAGAUUGCUUGUCUGGUGACCAAUGAUCAGCUGCGUUUGUAUCAGCGGCUAAAGCUUGAACGAGACGUUCAUCUUGACCCCUGCAGAACCUGGUGCCCAACAGCAGAUUGCCAAACUGUUUGCCAGGUCGCAGCUAGCCACUCCGAUAUGCCUGUAUCGGUGGAAUGCCGAGUUUGCCUUAUGAAAUUUUGUUGUGUAUGCAAAAAGCCUUGGCAUCCUGAGCACUUAUGCCAAGAAAAUCAGCCAGAAGCAGUUCAGCCUGAGAAAGGGGAUGGCUGCACAGAUGUAGAUGCUUGUAUCAAGCAAUGUCCUGUGUGUCAUAUUUACAUUGAGAGGAAUGAAGGCUGUGCACAAAUGAUGUGCAAAAACUGUAAACACACAUUCUGCUGGUACUGCUUACAAAAUCUUGAUAAUGACAUAUUUUUGCGACAUUAUGACAAAGGUCCUUGCAGGAAUAAACUUGGUCAUUCAAGAGCUUCAGUCAUGUGGAAUAGGACACAGGUUGUGGGAAUCCUAGUUGGCCUUGGUAUCAUUGCAAUUGUGACAUCACCCUUACUCCUUUUGGCAUCACCAUGCAUUAUUUGCUGUGUCUGUAAAUCUUGCAAAGGAAAGAAGAAAAAGCAUAGCCCAACAUCCAGUUCUUAGACAUUUAUUUAGGCCUUUAAUCUGGAAACCCAAAGGACUCAUGCAGUUAGCAGGAUCUCUGCAUUUCUUGUUAAGUAUCACUUAUGCACAUUAUCAAGAUGGCGUGUCCUAAUACAUUCCGUCACAAGAAAUAAAUCCAUAUUGAUGAAUGCCUUACUGUGGAAAUGUACAGUAUACUUGGGACUGUUGACCAAAAUGAUUUUAUAUGUAAAUGAACAUAUAUAUAUAUAUAUAUAUAAACAUGCAUUCCUACCUAUACAUUCUUCAAC